CAAAGGAGUCGGAGGCGGAGAAGACGGCCGGGGGCGGAACCGCGACUGCUUCGUGGAGCCAGGUAAAGGAGCGGCCUCAGGCGGAAGGCCGCCGGCUGGGGGGCUCCCUUCCUUCCUGAGCGGAGGGGCGGCCUCUCGCCUGCUCCGAGCCGAGGUGGAAGCGAAAGUGAAGCCACCGGCCGGUUGCUCCACCGCCGUCUCCCGCCUGGCACCGCCUUGCGCGACUGCCCGGUCCGGAGGAACAGCCUCAGGGGCUGGCCCUCGCCGGGCGCGUGCGGCCCUAGCGUCUCGGCGUUCGGCCCCGCCCCGUGCCGCCCGCCCCCUUCCUGGCGCGAGCCGCUUCCUGACGCGAUUCCCCUCCCCCUCCGGGGUCGCGUAGAGAGUCGGGCUCCGGGCCGCCACCGCCAGCUUGGCCACUGUCGCCGCCGCCGCCGCUGCCGCCAUCUCCUUGAUCCCCCAUCCCCCGCCAUGGCCGAGGAGCUCUCCGCGGCCACGUCCUACACCGAAGAUGAUUUCUACUGCCCUGUCUGUCAGGAGGUGCUCAAAACGCCCGUGAGGACCACGGCCUGUCAGCACGUUUUCUGUAGAAAAUGUUUCCUGACUGCAAUGAGAGAAAGCGGAAUACAUUGUCCCCUCUGUCGUGGAAAUGUGACUAGAAGAGAGAGAGCAUGUCCUGAACGGGCCUUAGACCUUGAAAAUAUCAUGAGGAAGUUUUCUGGUAGCUGCAGAUGCUGUGCAAAACAGAUUAAAUUCUAUCGCAUGAGACAUCAUUACAAAUCUUGUAAGAAGUAUCAAGAUGAAUAUGGUGUUUCCUCUAUCAUUCCAAACUUUCAGAUCUCUCAAGAUUCAGUAGGGAACAGUUCUUCUGGGCAUCCUACCUUUAAGUGUCCUUUGUGUCAAGAAUCAAAUUUUACCAGACAGCGUUUACUGGAUCACUGUAACAGUAAUCACCUAUUUCAGAUAGUUCCUGUGACAUGUCCUAUUUGUGUGUCUCUUCCUUGGGGAGAUCCUAGCCAGAUUACUAGAAAUUUCGUUAGUCAUCUAAAUCAAAGACAUCAGUUUGAUUAUGGAGAAUUUGUGAAUCUUCAGCUAGAUGAGGAAACCCAGUAUCAAACUGCUGUUGAAGAAUCUUUUCAGGUAAACAUCUGAAGGCUGUAGACAUCUCUGCAUCUUUGUACCUGCAAGUGCCAUCUUUAAGGGGAAAACUACAUGAAGUCACCGUUUCAGUAACUUGAUGUGUAUAUUAAUAAAAGUAAUUCAGUCUAUUGAUUUAGUUUUUUAAUUAAAAAAUAAAGGUGGGCCAUCUAAAAACUUCAUCUUCUUGAUAAGUUAAAAAAUGAAAGUUAGGACAUUAUCUUUAAAAAUACUGAAAGGAUUAUAUUCAUUAAUGUAAUGAACAAAAGGGAUUCCAUGUUGUACUUACCUUUUUUUAUAUUACACAGUCUUGAAUUUUUCCUUUUGUUGCUUUUGGAGUUUGCUGCAGUUCCUCCCAUUGACGUUCUUGUACACAGGUAACACACAGUGGCACAUUCUGAAAGAUGUGAUUGAUAGAAAUCUACCAAAUCUGAGCCAGUUACCAGAGUUGCAGAAUGGAGACUUGAAGUGCUAAAUGAAACAAUCCAAAGGAAACUUUUUUAAUACAGAUUCUAGCUGAAGAAUUCAACUAUAAGAAAAUUGUAUUUAUAUAAUGUUUAGUAUUUUUGAAGAGUAGUGAGAUUUCUUUAAUAAUUAUAACUCUUUAAAAAGUGAAAGUUCAUUGUAAAGAUAUUUCCUUUUUGCCUUAGAAGGAAAUACUAAGAGAAAAAUUUAUUUCUUAGGCGGGCAGUUUCAAAUCCUGUUUGUUCGGCUGACUAAUUUGUAAGCCUGGAGUUUAUUAAGCUGAAUUGCAGCUCUUUGGCCUCAAAAUUUUUAGUAGCCAGUAUUUCUCUUUAGCUAAGAUGAAACUUUUAUUAGAAACUUCCAGUUGGUGUUAUCAUAUUCUAUAUGUUUAUUUAAAUGAGAGGUUUGGCUUCAUCUCAGUUUAGAAAGUCAUUCAAAGCUAAAGGUGUAUAUGUAUAUAUGCAUACACUUUUGUAUGUGUAUAUACACGCACAUAUGCAUGCAAUUUGUCAGGUUAUAUACAGAAUUUCUAUUAAGCUUUUUAAAAUGGACAAGCAAUAUGGGAUUGAGUAUCUGAUUUGAUUAAAAUUGUAUAUAUCACCAAAUUCUUAAAAAGUAACAGCCAAAUGCUAAGUGGUCUAGUUGGCUACUAUUACACCUUUAAAAGUUCAAUUUACACACACACGUAAUUACCUUGUUUAUAUGGUGCUCAUUUGUUAUUCUCAAAGAUAAUGCAUGACUAUGAAGUAAUGAGAUGGAUGCCACCAGCCUCUCUGUUUCACUACUUUUUAGUCAAAACUGGGUUUAUUCUUAGUAUUUAUUAAUGAGAAUCAUAAAAUAACUUGUAUUAGAAGGCCUAAAUCACAGAAUAAAAGAGGAGUGUAUUAGCUGACAUUCCAUACUAAUAUGCAUUGUUUAAAACAGCUUUCUUUAAAAUAACUAAAGAACAUAAAAGAAAAUCUCAGAAGUAGUUUGCUGCUAAUAUAUACAUAUAUUGUAUGAAAGGGUAUAUUUUGGUUUUGUUAAAAACCCUUGUUGACUUUUCUACAGUGAACAUUUUUUUUAACUUGAUUUAAUAAAAAUGUUAAUUUUGGAAGUGGAGUUUUGUAAAAACCUUUUUCAGACAAACAAUAAUGACUAUGGUAGUAAUAACAAUCACCAAAAAAGCCAUACAUCUUGAUGAACAUAUGCCUUUGUUCUGUCAUUCGAAAGAGUGAUGUUUACUAUGUGCUUGAACAUUUUCUCUGCAGUUACAUGAGUGUAAUUGUAAGAACAGCUAUUUAAUGAACUCUUUUUAAAAAGAUUUUUGACCAUAGGUUUUCCAAUUUAAAGCAAUAACUUUAUUACUUUCUUUCAAAGUUAAUACUUCCAGUAUAUCAAGUUUUAAACCAUUCUGAGAUUUGACAACUUCUUCAAAUGAAAACUGUAGUAGAGAUCAUCUUGAUGAAAUUGUGUUUUGAGGUUUGUGGAUUAGUUAAAUAUCAAUAAUAGUCUUGUGUGUCUUUCCUAUAAACUUUUCAUAAGGAAAAUAUUGACUGUUUGCUAUUAUGGGAACUCCUCAGUAUGGAAAUGUUUGUUUAAAAUCUCACCUUUUGUCAGUGGAUUAAGAAUAGGGACAGGCUUUACAGAUUUACAGUUUAAAUUCAUGAGAAGGUCCUUAUUUUUAAUAUGCUUAUAGCUGAGUCAGAAUAAAGGAGGGAAACUAUUGAUUGCUGAUACCUAAAUUUCACAGUACCACUUCUAAGAAAGCGAUUUCCCUCGGCAAGUUACAGUUUAUGUUGUUAAACAGUCUUAUUUGAGAUGUAUUGCUUUAUUUUUCAAUUAAAAGUGGUUUUCUCCUACUUGUGUGUCUAAUUAAAAUUUUGUCUAGAGGCAAACAUGAUAGCAUUUAAUUCUCAUAACUCACCCCGGAAGACAUGUAGGAGAUAACCCAUUAUUUUGCACUUGAAAGAGUGGAUAGGAGAAGGCUACCACAUGCUGAUGCUAUAUGUUGGAUUUAACUUUAUAAACCUAUUUUAUCUUUCUUUCAAAUGUUAAUCAACUUAUAAGGCUAUUUUGUCAAGUGUUUAUGCAGCAAGAUUUUCAAGUCCUGUUAGCAACCAGGCAGAAAGCUAGUUAACAGGUUAAUAAACACUUUUAUAUGGAGAAGUUACCCUUAAGUAAGAUAUCGGGGCUGUAAGAACAUACUGCCAAAUACAAUGUUAUACACCUUUUGUGUUGCUUAAUAAGAAUUAAUUAUGACCUUCAUUGAAUCAUAGAAAUCCGUUAGUGCUGCUACUCAAAAGAAUAAAUCUUUUGAGGAGGCAAUGACGUUUUAGCCUUUGUGACCCCGAAAACAUGUAAAUACAUGUAGUAUAAAACUCAUGAUAGAAAUAUGAAUAAAGUACUAGUUCCAUGAUA